UGAUAUUUACAUAGAUAUCUGAUUUAGCAUUAAUUUAUAUAGACAUUAACGACCGAAUUGCAUUACAAAAUUAAUUACAUUUGUGAAUUACGUUGCAGGCAACUUUGCGUUAUCUUUUAUUCAUUAAAAUUAAUUAGCAUGAAGAGCGCAUGGAUUUAAUUGGGAGACUUAGCCUGAGGUAUAUGUAACUUCAAAAUUAAGCGCCAUGAAUGGUUUAGUUCGUGGAACGUGAGUGGACCGGCGUAGCAAUCGCGGCUUCUUUAUACUCUGUAUCUGUAGGAACGCUUCUCCUUUCUCAUCUCCCACAUUUCUGAAUUGUGUACAUUGACACAUUCCAGAUACAGUUUUGACAGCAUUUAUUUCCCUACUAAUUAAGGACAACUCAUCUGAGAAUGAGAAUCAUUUGCGCUGCAUUAAAUUGCAAGUAUUCUUCGGAAAGCGAGGACUCGUCAAAUAUCACUUUUAUCAAUUUUCCAAAUGAUGACACAGCCAAGGUAUGGGCAGAAUGUUGUGGCAGAUCAGAUUUAGUUGCAAAAUCGAGUGCAGAAUUGCAUUCGAAUUAUUAUAUUUGUUCCCAUCACAUUGAAGAUCGUUGUUAUGUAAGCAAAGCUGGUUCUGUUGUUGUGGAAGAAGGUUCCAUUCCUACUUUAUUUGAUACCGACUUGACUAUCGAUGGUGAGGACUCGAUAAAUAUGUUCGAUAAAGCGCAACAACUGCAAGAAGUAGGCGAUGAUGUUCCUUUAACAUAUUGCGAUAUGAAUGUCGAGAUGGACGAAUAUCACAAUAUCUCUGUAAAAUUUGUCAAUUUAUGUCGAAUCUGUGGUAAAUCCACUCUGGAUGGAAUAGACAUCUUUGCAGCCAAGGGUGUAGAGCUGAAAUUAAAAGAGAGGAUAAAUUUGCAUAUGCCUAUCUCGAUUGACAUAAAUGACUCGUUGCCGCAGAAAGUAUGUACUGAUUGCUGUGACAAAUUAGAAAUUGCACACUCACUAGUUGUUUCAUGUUUAAGAACCGAUAUACGUUUAAAACAAUUUUUAAAUAUUGAAAGAAAGCCAGAAUAUGAAAAUAAGUACAAUGUAUUGUUUGAUGAAUGUUCGUUAGAGAUAGUUCAACAAAUGUGUCUGGAUGAAAAUACGCAUCCUAAUCUGUUUAUUGCAAAUAAAACGAUAAAUUCUGAUUCAGUAACGAAUUUAAGAGGAUUGGGAAAUAGUGAAUGUUCUGAAAUACAAAAUAGUAAUUUUCCGAGUAUUGCCAAGAAUGUUGUGCCAUUAGAGCUUGAUCCUUUGGUCCAUAGUUGUAAAAAAGUUAACGGUAAAAGUAACAUGAUUAUUGUGGAAGAGCUAGCAAAAGUUCAACAAGAUAAAAUUAAAAAUAGAAGCCUUAGUAUUUUAUGUCUGCAGUGCCAAACUCUCUGUGAAACGCAAGAAAUAUUUGAAAAUCAUAAAAUAUUUUGUAAUAAGAUGCAAAAUAUCUCUGGACAUGUAGAUACGUUUAGAACAGUGAAAAACGGAAAGUUUGAGAACAACCAGAUUAAUGAUACUAAAGUAGAAAAUUCCCAGAUGUGCAACGAAAGAUUUGAUGCCAAGCAAGUUAUCAAUAAUGUUAAAAGCUAUGAAUUAAUGCUCUGUACUGUUUGCAACCAAACAUUCAAAUGUCAGCAGGACUACGAUGAUCACAAAUAUCUUCAUUUUACUGAAGCGAAUAAAAGAUGUGGUCAUUGUGAAAAAGCAUAUCAGAAUAAAAAGGACUUGUUAGUUCAUAUUAUGGAAUCGCAUGAUGGCCGAUUAUCAUUUAAGUGCUCUAUAUGCGAUAAAACAUACGAGAAAUGGUCGAGUUUGGAUAUCCAUGAGGCUACUCACCGAACAGAUAAGCCCUAUCUUUGCGAUUUAUGCGGAAAAAGCUUUAAGCAUUCCAACAAUUUGAGGGGACACAAAAGAAUUCAUUUAGACGAGUCUGUAAAAAAGAGACACGUGUGUGAGAUCUGUGGCAACGCAUUUAGGUCACGAUUUCACCUGCGAGAGCAUAUGAAUCAACACGACGAUAACAGACCCUAUUCUUGCGAACAAUGCGGGAAAGCCUUUUACAAGAGGAUUCAAUUGCGACAACAUAAAUUGUCACAUGGUUCUAAUAAGCACACGUGUCCGAUUUGCGGUACAACGUUCAAUCGUAGAGGAAACAUGAACGCGCAUAUGAAACGGCACUGUAAUAAUAAUGGAGGAUAUACAUGCAGUAUUUGUGCCUACAAAUGUAAAUCUAUGAGCGAAUUGAAGAUACACAGAAAGAAGCAUACCGACGAAGAAAUAGUGGAGAGCAUUAAAAAGAAAUGUAUUGACAAGGAGAUAUGGCGUUGUAACAUUUGCGAUAAAAUAUUCCCGAAGCGCGCUACUCUGUUAAAUCACGAGCGUGUGCACGGAGACGAUAAGUUUUACGAAUGCGACGAUUGUGGCAAGAAAUUAGCGAGUAAAAGCUCGCUGAUGUAUCACAAAAAGUCGAUGCAUCUAAGGGAGAGGCCGCACAUGUGUCAUUAUUGCGGAGACUCAUUCGUUUCGAGAGAGGCGCGGUUGAUUCACGAAAGGAUACACACGGGCGAACGUCCGUACGUCUGCAAGGUGUGCAAUAUGCGGUACAGAUGUUCCAGCAAUCUCAGUCAGCACAUGAAGAUCCACACGGGUCUGAAGCCACACAAGUGUCACUUUUGCAACAAAGGUUUUGCGCGCAAGGGUGCGUUAACCGUGCACGAGAGAAUCCACACGGGCGUUAAGCCUUAUUCUUGCAAGACCUGCGGUAAGAGUUUUUCGCAGAAAAACGACAUGUUGAAACACGCCAAACGUACAACAACAGAUAAAUGCAGUGCGGUCGGAGUAACAAGAUCUUUAAACGGAAAGAAGAAUAUAAUGAAACAUUUCACGAUGCACGAACAAAAUACCUUAGUAAUUUCGAACGUCAAUUCAUCACAUCUUCAGAUCUACGUCAAUGCUAGUGCCUCUUCGGAAAUUAAGUAAUUUUAGUAAUAUCCAUGCGAUAUAACAGUAUACGAUGAAUCAAACGUCAAAGUUUCGUAAAAGAAGAGCUAAUUAAAAUGUUCCAAUUUUUAUCAAUUAUUAAAACAUCGCGCGAAAAAGAUUUCUGAUUAAUACAAGAGUACAAAAAAUUAUCGAACUUUUAUGAUUGACAUACGGAUAUCUUAGAAUAUACAAGUCAGAAUAUAUACAAGAAGAUACAAGUUAAGACUGUUUUAUGUUUACAAAAUAAUAUUUUUGACUAGCUGCUCUUAUUGGAAUAUGCAUAAUUAAAAAGCUAACAUAUACAAAAUUUAAAGAGAAUAUAAGCUAAUUGUGUGCAUCAGAAAGAGUGCAUUGGCAUAUCUAAGAAACUCUACACAUCAGACUUUAUAAAGAAGACUUCAUAAAAAAGAUCAUAUGUGAUUUAUGGUAAUUUAAUGGAAUCUUAUUGUCUUAUUCUUGCAUAAGAUUGUAGUUAACGAAUCGUAUUGAUGUUUGUAAUAUAUGAUAAUGAAGAUUUCGCAAAUUAUUUCUCGAAUGUAUAGUCAAUGCUCAAUCUGGGUUUAACAAGCAAUCACCUGUGAGAGCGCUUGUUUACAUUUCGGUAGUCUUCUCGCAUUGCUGAAAGAUGAGAGGUGUAAAAUAAAAGCCGUUGUUAUAUAUA